AUAUAUAUAUAUAUAUAUAUAUAUAUAUAUAUAUAUAUAUAUAUCAGAUUCAUCAUCACUUUCCUAUCCUGCUUCUCUAAUUUUCAAAACUCAGAUUCAUCAUUUAUCAAGCAAGAAUUAUAUCUUCGUCUUUCACUGCACAUCUUCAAAAUGGUGCGGCGCGACUAGGACGUAACUUUGAUUGAAUUUCUCAAGUUAGCCUUCAAACUCAAGUGUCAGUAAUUCUGGCUCGAAAUCGGUAAUAAAUUUCAUCGCAGCAAAACACGUGCGUAGUAAGGAACAAACAUUCUCAACGGGUAAAAGAAGUCUCUCUCUCUCUACUCUUUUUCUCUCACACUCAUACUCACAGUCUCACACCUGCAAAGCAAGUCAUGCAGAGCAAGUGUUGCUGAAGCAGGCACAAUUUACGUCUCCGAGAUGCUGGAGAUGGAUUUCUUUCAUCUGGCCACUUUCCUUCGCACGAUCGAAUCAAAAGCUUUGGAAUUAGGGGAUCGGAUGCAGAAGGGGUACAAAAGGAUAUGGUCGAGUGGCAGCCUUGGCCUUGGCCUUUACUUACUCUGGCUUAUCAUGCAUCUGAUUGUGAGCGCAUGGUACUUUGCCGUGGAUUUGAUGAACUCGCUUGAGAGCUACCUUAUCUCCAGUGGUUUCCUGAAGCAGUAUAAAGAUCUUGACAUCAGUAAAGUUAAGUACAUGGCUGUUGUUCUGGACAGUGAAGAAGCUCUUGACACUCGCAAUGUUCUUGAGCUACUGCGGUGGCUGGCGGCUAUGGGUUUGAGAAAUGUAUGCCUCUAUGAUCCAGAAGGAGUGCUAAAGAGAUCCAAAGAUGCUCUCUCUCUAUGGUUGAGAAGUGAAUUAAAGUCGAAUGGAACUAACAGGGAUGCACUUGUUGAGCAGAAACACAUGAACUUGGAAGUUAUUUCUUUUACUGAUGGGAAACAUGCAGUUGCAAGAGCAGCAAAUUUUCUUCUGAAGAAACAUUAUUUGAAUGCCGAUGGUGAGAAACCAGAGUUGACGGAGUCUGAUAUGGCAGAUGCUCUUGCAGCAAUAGGAUAUGCGGCACCCGAACCCGACUUGAUGUUGAUUUAUGGACCUGUGAGAUGCCACCUGGGUUUCCCGGCAUGGAGACUUCGUUAUACUGAGAUUGUGCACAUGGGACCCCUUAAGUCCAUGAAAUUUGGUGCCUUCAUAAAAGCCAUUCGUAGGUACACUAUGGUGCGUCAGAACUACGGUACAUGAACUGGCGUAUCUCAAGUGAUACUUUCUCCUGAGCCAUUUACAAGAAUAAGAUACUUGUUACAUCAUAUGCAUUUGCAGCAAAGCUCUUAAUUGUGUAUGCUAUGUUGGUAUUGUGAGAUAUCUAUAAAUGCUACUCGAUCAAUUACAGUGUUAUUGUUACCCAAUUAAAUCUCA